GCGAUGGAGACGCCCGGAGCAUCAACCCGGGUCCUGUCGCUUCCUGCCGCGUCCGGGCCCCGGAGGAAACGCGCGGCAGGGGAGGCCCGGGCUGCGACGAGCAAGCAACGGGUCCUGGACGAAGAAGAGUACAUCGAGGGCCUCCAGACAGUCAUCCAGAGGGACUUCUUUCCUGAUGUGGAGAAGCUGCAGGCUCAGAAGGAGUAUCUGGAGGCUGAGGAGAAUGGAGACCUGGAACGGAUGCGUCAGAUCGCCAUCAAGUUUGGCUCUGCCCUGGGCAAGAUGUCCCGAGAGCCCCCACCACCCUAUGUGACUCCCGCCACAUUUGAAACCCCUGAUGUGCACACAGGCACUGGAGUGGUGGGCAACAAGCCCCGGGGCCGGGGCCGAGGCCUGGAGGAGGGUGAUGGAGAGGUUGGCGAGGAGGAAGAGAAGGUGCCCCUGCCCAGCCUGGAUGUUUUCCUGAGCCGGUACACAAGUGAGGACAACGCCUCCUUCCAGGAGAUCAUGGAGGUGGCCAAGGAGAAGAGCCGGGCACGCCACACGUGGCUCUACCAGGCCGAGGAGGAGUUUGAGAAGAGGCAGAAAGAUAAUCUUGCACUUCCGUCGGCAGAGCACCAAGCCAUCGAGAGCAGCCAGGCCGGCGUGGAGACCUGGAAGUACAAAGCGAAAAAUUCCCUCAUGUACUACCCAGAGGGCGUCCUUGAUGAAGAGCAGUUGUUUAAGAAGCCGAGGCAGGUGGUGCAUAAGAAUACUCGCUUCCUCAGGGAUCCCUUCAGCCAGGCUCUGAGCAGGUCCCAGCUGCAGCAGGCUGCCGCCCUCAAUGCCCAGCACAAACAGGGCAAGGUAGGCCCUGACGGCAAGGAGCUGAUCCCCCAGGAUUCCCCACGAGUGGGCGGAUUUGGAUUUGUUGCAACCCCCUCUCCUGCCCCUGGUGUGAACGAGUCGCCGCUGAUGACCUGGGGGGAAGUUGAAAACACUCCCUUGAGAGUUGAAGGAUCUGAAACCCCCUACGUGGACAGGACGCCAGGGCCAGCCUUCAAGAUCCUGGAGCCUGGCCGCAGGGAACGGCUGGGGCUGAAGAUGGCCAACGAGGCCGCCGCCAAGAACCGAGCCAAGAAGCAAGAGGCCUUAAGGAGAGUGACGGAGAACCUGGCCAGCCUCACCCCCAAAGGCCUGAGCCCAGCCAUGUCCCCAGCCCUGCAGCGCCUUGUGAGCAGGACGGCCAGCAAGUACACAGACCGGGCCCUGCGGGCCAGCUACACCCCAUCUCCAGCACGCUCGACCCACCUCAAGACCCCAGCUGGUGGGCCUCAGACCCCCACGAGCACACCGGCUCCUGGCUCUGCGGCACGCACCCCCCUCAGCCAGGACCCAGCCUCCAUCACGGACAACCUGCUGCAGCUCCCUGCCCGGCGCAAAGCCUCAGACUUCUUCUAGGGUCAGGCCCGGGCCAGGCCUACGGAAGCUCCACUCGGCAGAGGACUCCGGCCUUCUGGGGACCCAGGCCCGGGCCAGAAAUGGUGACUGUCCCAGGAGCCACCGAAAAGAGGCCCGCUGGCACGAGACUUGCCCCCACGGCCCUCAGGGUAUAUCCCAGGGCCUUGUUGAUACUGUUUUCUAUAUAACCCCUGCCUGUUUCUAUCUAGUCGUCAUUAGAGAGCACGUAAGCACAGUCUGGCAGGACCGUCUUUCCGGCCCACUCCGCACGGCCCUCAGGCUGCCCUCGUGCCCACAUCAAGGUCUCAGGACUGCAGGCCUCCCUGGGAGGAAGCUUCUGGGUGAGGUGAACUUGGAAGUUCAGGGUCUCUGGGCUUUCCUGCCACUUCCUGCAUUGCUUUCUGUGGUCCCCCUGGGGCUUGGAACCUGCCUUCUGCACUGAGCUCACAGCACAUUGGGCCCUGCUCCCCAAGUUCUGUCCCCCUGAUGGAAGGAGAGAGCCCUUGGAAGUUGUGCCCCUCAGGUUCCCCUGGUGCUCUGGGUCCAGGCCCACAGCCUCACCAGCUGGGCCUAGCCCACGUGGUUUGCUGGUGACAGGGUUGCGUGGGUCCUAUGUGUCAGACAACACAUCACGUGUGGCACCUUCAAAGUGGCCUCAGAAUCACCUUCUCCAAGCACCUGGUCUCCAGCUCAGGUGGGGCGGAACUGUCUCACUUCCUGCCUUUCCCUCUCCCAGUGCUCCAGGCACCACCUUCCAUACUCACCUGAGUCACCAGCAGGAGUCGUGGGUAACAGUAACCUGGGCCACAGAGUCAAAAAGCAAUGGGGCCAGGCUCUAUGCAGACCGGAGAGUGUCACGUACACCACAGGCCACACUUGCCCAUGACCUUGAGGGCUUUGGUGACAUGGGAUAUCCAAGCUGGCUUCCAGAUGGGUCUCUUCCGGCCUUAAGUGGGGUCAGGUCGGAUCCUCUGAGGGGCUUGCACUGCCCGAGGAGACAGCCUGGAAUCUGCUCAGACCAGAGUCUUUCUUGUUUUGAGCAUACCCAGCCCUGCCCUGGCUUGGGUAUGUCUUGGGUUGUCCUGCAUGUUUCCUCGCCCCCUCCAUGAGUGCCGUGUUCCCUGGAGGUUGGCUUGGGGCCAGUCAUCUGCCUAGGCACCCACUAGUCUGUGCUCGACUGGGAGUUCCUGCCAGUUUCCAGGGGGCCAAGCCCCAGCCAAGCCCUGUAACUCACCAGGGGGCUGGGACUGGGCUCAGCGGGUGGGACCAGGACCAGGACCGCCCCAGGGGGUCAGGAAAAGUGUGGCCUUUGGUGCUUUUCCCCCAUAGGGAAGGGGGGGCGUGGGCCAGAGCAGCAUGAAGGCAGAGAGGUCUGAGUGGGUGUGUGAUGCGGAGGGAGACGCUGUCCAGGCAAGGCCGCUUAAGGCCAAGCGCUGGCCCCCCUAAGCGCUGGCUGGUGUAUG